CUCACAGCACGCCUGAUUGUGACACAGCCGGUCUAACAGAUUACGCACUUUUUAUGUUCUUUAGAGCCACGGAGGCGCGCUUAGUGUUCACAUCGCAUUCUGAGACAUAUUAGAGACGAAGAAACAGUAUGACAGAAAUGUUGGUGCUCAUCACAGAACGAGGGGGUGUUACAGAAGCGGACUAUGAUGAGUCAACCUUCCUAGACUCGGAGUUUCGUUAUGUCCUCUUCCCUGUUGCCUACAGCAUCAUCUUCAUCCUGGGAGUCCUUGCUAACCUGUAUGUACUGUUCGUCCUGCGCUGCCUCCGUGAAGCCAAGGCCAUGGGUGAAAUCCGCAUCUACAUGACCAACUUGACCAUUGCUGAUCUCCUUUUUGUGUGUGCACUCCCUUUCUGGAUUGGCUAUUAUAGUCGUCAUGGUAACUGGGUCUACACAGACUUCAUGUGCCGGCUGACAGGGUCGCUGUUCUUCAUCAACACCUACUGCUCCAUCCUCUUCCUCGGAGCCAUCAGUGUCAACCGGUACUGGGCAGUCACCCGGCCUCUGGACGCGGCCUCUUCAGACCACAGGCGUCGCGGGAUCGUCGUAUGUGUUGUCAUCUGGGUGUUGACCAUUUCGAUGGCUAUUCCAUUUCUGGCAUUCCCAGGGACCAACACUGAUGAGAAAAACGUCACUCGUUGUUUCGAGGGGUACCAAAAUAGAACUGAUGAGCAGAAGAAAGGAGUGGCUGCCACUCAUUUUGCAAUAAUUGGAAUGUUUUUUGUUGUCUUUUUUCUUGUUGUGGUUUGCAAUUUCCUUAUUGCUCGAGUGUUACUUUCUCAAAAUCCUCUUCAGUCAGAAUCUGCAACAAUUAAAUCCAGAAAGUCCAGCAGGACCUUGUCCUUUGCAACUGCAAAGCCCAAAGGGGUGAAACGGAGGGCUCUCCAGAUGUUGUUGGCAGUGGUGGGAGUGUUUGUUCUGUGUUUCCUGCCCCACCACGUAAUCCAAGGUCCCUGGACACUGUCAGUGUUGCAGAUCAAAGAGGGCUGGGGCCAUGUGGACUGGCACCCGAAGACUCUUCAGGCGUUCAAUGAUGCACAUCAGAUCACUUUGCUUCUCAUGGGCCUUAAUUGUAUUUUGGAUCCUGUCGUUUAUUUUUUUGCCACAAGGAAGUUUAGAAGGUUCAUCAUGGCUCACAUUAAAAGGUUAGGAAAGAAAGAUGGGUGCUCGAACACGGUCAUCUCUCAGAUCUCUAUGGACAGCAGGAAUCAGAGCCAGAGACUUCAGAGUGAACACCACCAACCCGAAAUGGACUGAUUUAAACAUUUUUAUUAGCUUUAUAAAGAUAAAGGUAUCUGUUAUUUGUGUGUGAAAGACUUUAGCUCUCUUGUUUCCAUUGAUUAAAGAUUACAUGGCAUACAGUA